GUUAUAAGCGGCAUUCAUUCUGCUUCUUAGCUGCAUUUCAAUUUCAUUGCUAGGUCUAUCUAGAUUUGAUUGUAAAUUCAAUUCAUUCCAGAAAGUGAUAAUAAAGUUGAAACCAAAAUGGCAUGGGAAGGUCGUAAAUAUAAACACGAAAAGUCUGAAAACUUCGAUGAAUAUAUGAAGGCAUUAGGAGUUGGUUUGGUUCUGCGAAAAAUGGGCAAUACAAUCAAUGCCACAUGCUUUUUGGAAAAGAAUGGAGAUGAAUUUUCCUAUCAUACUGUAUCAACUUUCAAAACCACUGUAGUAAAAUUUAAGUUGGGAGUAGAAAGUGAACAGGAGACCCUCGAUGGAAGAAAAGUCAUGACAACAUAUACUUUAGACGGUAACACUUUAACUCAAGUUGAAAAAGGUGAAAAGAAAUCUGUCAUCACUCGUGUUUUCUCUGAAACCGAAAUGGUUGCAACAUGCAUCUACGAAAUGGAUGAAGCAAAAAAAAUUUCAUUCUAUAGGCAUUUAGAUUAUCCUGGAUUAUCCUCAAAUCAAUCGAAAAUCUUGAAUCCUUUUCUGAGACGACCAUGGAUGACCAAUACCAGCGCUGCAGCGCCAAGUGGUGGCAGCAAGGGUUUAAAAGGAAUAGUAGCAGGUGGAAAUAAACGAUACGAUGGAAUCGUUGAUUGUGUUAAGAAAACUGUUAAGGAACGUGGAUUCUUUGGUCUUUAUCGAGGUCUCAGUGUCUUGCUUUAUGGCUCAAUUCCAAAAUCAGCUGUUCGUUUUGGUGGGUUUGAGCAAAUUAAAAUUUACUUGGUUGAUGAAGAAGGAAAUCUUAGUGGAGGCGGAAAAUUGAUUGCUGGUUUGGGCGCUGGUGUUCUGGAAGCAAUUUUUGCUGUCACACCAAUGGAAACAGUCAAAGUUAAAUUUAUCAAUGAUCAACGAAGUAAGAAUCCCAAAUUUCGAGGUUUUGCACAUGGAGUUGGAUGCAUUGUCAAACAGGAAGGAUUUUCAGGACUUUACAAAGGAGUUACAGCUACCAUAAUUAAACAAGGUUCAAAUCAAGCCAUCAGAUUUUAUGUUAUGGAAACACUUCGUGAAUGGUACAAAGGUGGUGAUAAGAAAAAGGAAACACCAAAACUUCUUGUGGGAUUAUUUGGUGCAAUUGCUGGCGCUGCAUCUGUUUUUGGAAAUACUCCCAUCGAUGUUGUUAAAACUAGAAUGCAAGGACUUGAGGCUGCCAAAUAUAAGAAUACGUUAGACUGCGCCGUGAAAAUUUGGAAAAACGAGGGACCAUUUGCUUUCUAUAAAGGAACGGUCCCUCGACUCUCACGUGUUUGUCUUGAUGUUGCUAUAACUUUCAUGAUUUAUGAUAGUUUCAUGGAUUUGUUUAACAAGUUUUGGAAGUAACGUGUACCUACUUAGAGUAUCACUUAAAACAAAUUACCUUGCACUGAAGUAGCGAAACAACCUUAGGAUGGGUGAACCUAGAAUGGUCAAUUCAAAUAUUUUUCUAACUUAAUCGUAGACAAUCUGAGCAUUUACGAAAUAUGAAUUUAAACAGGUCUUUAACGAUAAUAUAAUUUCUUAAUAGAGAAUUAAAACCGAAAUAUUGCCUCAGAGCCAGUAACUAUUAGCAUUUACUUUAUUUCAUGAAAAUAUUUUCGUGCAGAUUUUUUAAAUAUAUUUUAUUUCAUUCCAAUUGAAUAUUCUAUACAUUGUUUCAACAUUUUACAACUAAAUAUAUUUUUUGAGUUUUCUUAUAUUUAUAUGAAUUGUACAAAAUAGAAAACAUUUGUAAGUGCUCAUUACAACGUGAAAUAAUAAUAAAAAUUUAAAACACUAUAAAGCCAUCCGUAAAAUAAUGAAAAUAAAUAUAUUACAUAAAAUUAACCGGCUUGAUAUUAAACAAUGCUAGCGUAUCAUUAAAAACCUUUCGCACUGUCAUUAGGAAAAGAAUUUUUGCAUGAAGAAUUUUCAUCAAUUGGGGUCGAUUUUCAGUCAAAAUUCGGAUACGUCGAUAAUAAAUUGAAAAUAUGCUAGCAAAUGUCAACAAGUACUUAUGCAUCAAAUGAAUGGAAAUUUUACCUUUUGAAAGAUCGUUUAUCGAUCGAUUUAUUGUGUCGGGAAACAAGAGCAUUAUUUUAAUUAAUUUCCAUUCCUCUUCUUCAUUCAAAACACUCAAAUCUAUAUUAUUUAAAUGUGGUAGCUUUUCAUAAUAUUUCUCAUCAACUUUCUUAUUAAAGCUUUCCAUGAUUCUUUCUAGCCUUGCUGAGUUAUAUAAGAUGAAUUCUUGUUUAGAAUUACUUGUAAGUAUCAACGCCGAAGAAUGUUUCACUUCCAAAAUGUCUAAGUUUGUUGCAUUCUUUCCAAGUCUUUCAAUUAACUCUUUGAAGGCAUCGUCUGUUUUCACUCGUAUUCCAUACUUGUGAAUUGAAAUUAAAUGCAUAUCCUGACUUCGUUUCGAGAGGUACUCAGUAAGACUUGUUUGGAUUUUUUUUUUAGUUUUCGGAUCAAGAAUUGCGGCACACAAUACAAACUUCUGACGUGUGGAAGCUUC